GGGAGGGAGGGGAAAAAAGAAAAGUGAAAGUGUCGCGGAUGCAGCAACGGAUCCCAAUCUGAAGCUCGAUACUACCACGCUCGUCGCGUUCACGGCCGCGCUCCUCCUCCUCCUCCCUCCCGCAUCUCCGACGAUCGAUCCGACGUGGCGAUGAUUGGCCUCGGUCGCGGCACGAUCGCGGCACGAUCCUACGGCGAGCGAGCGGUUUCGGUUCCGCUGCGCCAGUAAAAUUUCCCGGUCACGUGAUCGUGGCGAGGGGCUGCGGCGGAAGAAGGGGAGGAGAGCGCGGCGUAGCCCCGUGGCGAGGGGUGCGCUGCCUCGUGGGGCUCCGCCGCCCCUACUGCCCCUAUCGCCUGCCCGCCCGCCCUGUGGAGGAGAGACAGUCGGUGCGUGGUGAUCGACGUGGGUGGAAUCGAAAUUUCGGUUGUGUGGUGGACGGACGCCGCCGCGUGUUUGCCUCGGUUUCGACACAGUGCAUGUACGAGAUUUCGAGAUCAAGUGGACGAUCUCGAAGUAGUUACUUGUGGUUACUGUGGCGAGAAGAAAGGGAACGCUCGUCCCUUCAAGGAGAGUCUACUUUCCAAGAUCGAGCAGGAGAAGGAAGAGGAGGAGGAGGAGGAGGAUCGAUGGUGGAUCGAGGGGAACGAUGAUAGGAUAUACUCGCCCCGUUUCGACGAAGCGAGAUUUUCCAUCCGGAUGGACAACACGUUCGGCUGUUUGGACGGGCGCGCACGGUGCCGUUAAUCGAUCCGCCAGCGAUUGUUCGCGUUCGCAAGUAUGAGGAGAGCCGAGGGGGCUGGUGGCCAGUGUUUACGAAGAUUGGAGCGACGAUCGGGGCGGCGUGGACGUUUCCAUCGUGGAAUGGUGGUGGCCUGAUUUCCUGAUUUUCACGCGCAAAUCGACACGCGCUGCGCAUUCUUCCAAACUCACGAUACACACAGUGUCAUCCACUGCGAAGUCGUACCACUGCCAGAAGAGGAGAGAGAGAGAGAGAGAGAGAGAUCUGUUUACCAUUUACGUGUGUACGUCGCGUAUUAAAUUUGAUGGACGACCGAGGAAGAAGGUAUUUCCCAAUCCACAGAGAGAUCUCUCUCGACACGAGUCUCUAGCCGACGAUCGUACGUCACAGCCAGUCUUCCCAAGAAUAAACGAAUUCGUACGAAGGCAAGAAGCAAUCAUCAGAAUAUCGACGAUUAGUUCCUCUCGUGUCUCGAAUCGUCUUCCUCCAUCGAAAUUAAUAUAUAUUCGUCGCUUAUAGAUAGUGAUAUAAUCCGUGAUUCGAUAUUUUGUAUACAGCUCGUAUAAGAAGAAGAAGGAAAACACCGAUUUCGAAGGGAAAAGAGAAGAGAAGAAGCUCGUUUCGAUCGAAGGAUGGCGCGCAAAACGCAACGACAAUUCGAGUGCUCGAUUCAGUUCAAUCGUCGCGCGCGAUACAAACCUCGAACGAUUUAAAAACACACAUAUAUAUAUCUCGUAUUAGAUAUAACGAAAUUUCGAAUUUGAACGAUGGCUAGAGCGCGGAAAAAGUAUGGCGCCCACCGUUCCUAUCCUCUUCUCGUGCUGAUCGAAGACGGGUCGAAAUAAAAUCGCAAUAAACGUGGAGAUAAAACGAGAAGAAGAAGAAGAAGAGAUUUAUCUCUGAUCCUCGUAUGGAGAAGAAGAGGGCGAAGGAAGAUAAAGUGAAGCGAGAGAUCGGGAAGAGAGAAUGAACGUUUCCGCGUUCUCUCGAUCCUGCUGAGCGAAGGGAGGGAAGGAAGGAAGAGGAGGAGGAGGAGAAAAGAUGCGGGUCGAGGUCCUCGUGAUCCUCGGCGCGCUCGUCGCCUCGGCCGAUUGCGGCUCGAGAUCGACGAUCUCAGAGUCGAAGCCCGCUUCGAGGAAACGGAACGGCACGUCCCCCGAGACGAUAACGAUCGGCCUGAUCGUCCCCCACACGAACUUCGGCAGGCGGGAAUACACCAAGGCUGUGAACCGCACCGUGGGCGCGUUGCACAAGAGCUACGGGAAGAACAAGAGCAAGUCGUACAGCUUUUUGGAUAAGUAUAACUUCACCCAGCACGCGGUCCAGCUCAGGAUGAUGAGCCUCACUCCCAGUCCAUCAGAGAUCUUGAAAUCGCUGUGCAACGACUUCCUGCCGAAAAACGUGUCGGCCAUCUUGUACCUGAUGAACUACGAGAAGUACGGGCGGAGCACGGCCAGCGCCCAAUACUUUCUGCAGCUGGCCGGUUACUUGGGGAUUCCGGUGAUCGCGUGGAACGCGGAUAACUCGGGAUUGGAGAGAAGGGCGUCGCAGAGUAAUCUGCAGUUACAGCUGGCGCCAUCGUUGGAGCAUCAAACGGCCGCGAUGCUGAGCAUCCUCGAGAGGUACAAGUGGCAUCAAUUCAGCGUGGUCACCUCGCAGAUAGCGGGCCACGACGAUUUCGUGCAAGCGGUCCGCGAGAGAAUAUCCGAGAUGCAGGACACGUUCAAGUUCACGAUAUUGAACGCGAUCCUGGUCACGGAUCCCCGCGAUCUCAUGGAAUUGGUGAACAGCGAGUCGAGGGUGAUGCUCCUGUAUUCGACCAGGGAGGAGGCGAUCAGGAUACUGGGCGCUGCCCACGAUUACAAAAUCACGGGGGAGAAUUACGUUUGGGUGGUGACGCAGAGCGUGAUCGAGAACUUGCAGACGCCCAGCCAAUUUCCAAUCGGGAUGUUGGGUGUGCACUUCGACACGAGCACGGAAAGUCUGGUGAACGAGAUCACGACGGCUGUGAAAGUUUACGCGAACGGGGCCGAGGAUUUCUUGAACGAUCCCGCGAACAAGGAUUACACCCUCAACACGAAGCUGAGCUGCGAGGGGAGGGAAUCCCGGUGGAACACCGGAGAUCUGUUUUUCAAGUAUUUGAAGAACGUGUCCGUGGAGGGGGACCAGGGGAAGCCUAACGUCGAAUUCACCCAAGAUGGCGUUCUGAAGUCGGCCGAACUGAAAAUCAUGAAUCUUCGUCCCGGGUUGAGCAAACAACUUGUUUGGGAGGAGAUCGGCGUGUGGAAAUCGUGGGAGAAGGAGGGGUUGGACAUCAAGGACAUCGUCUGGCCGGGGAACACUCACACGCCGCCUCAAGGUGUCCCGGAGAAGUUUUAUCUGAAAAUAACAUUCUUGGAGGAGCCGCCCUACAUCAAUCUCGCGCCACCGGACCCCGUGAGUGGAAAAUGUUUGAUGGAUCGUGGCGUUCAUUGCCGCGUGGCCAAGGAUUCCGACAUGGUCGAGAUGGACACGCAAUCGGCCCAGAAGAACGAGAGCUUUUUCCAGUGCUGCAGCGGAUUCUGCAUCGACCUGCUGCAGAAGUUCUCGGAGGAGAUCGGGUUCACUUACGAGCUCGUCAGAGUGGAGGAUGGGAAAUGGGGCACGUUGGAGAAUGGGAAAUGGAACGGUUUGAUAGCCGAUCUGGUGAAUCGGAAAACAGACAUGGUGAUGACAUCUCUGAUGAUCAAUUCGGAAAGGGAAGCCGUGGUCGAUUUCACGGUGCCGUACAUGGAGACAGGUAUCGCCAUCGUGGUGGCGAAGAGGACCGGUAUAAUAUCUCCCACUGCCUUCCUUGAACCAUUCGACACCGCGUCUUGGAUGCUGGUCGGGAUCGUGGCCAUACACGCGGCCACGAUAAUGAUACUCCUGUUCGAAUGGUUGUCACCAUCCGGUUUCAACAUGAAGGUAAACCCUUCAGACGCUGCGCAGAAACUAUUGAAGAAUCCAUCGCCCAACCAUCGCUUCUCCUUUUGCCGGACGUACUGGCUGGUCUGGGCCGUAUUAUUUCAGGCAGCCGUCCAUAUCGAUUCUCCUAGGGGAUUCACAGCCAGAUUCAUGACAAACGUGUGGGCGCUAUUCGCCGUGGUGUUUCUCGCCAUUUACACUGCCAACCUGGCCGCAUUCAUGAUCACGAGGGAGGAGUUUCACGAAUUCACGGGCGUGGAUGAUCACCGUUUGGCCAAACCUUGGUCCCACAAGCCCAUGUUCAAAUUCGGCACGAUACCUUGGAGCCACACAGACAGCACGUUGGCCAAAUACUUCAAGGAGAUGCACACGUACAUGAAGGAGUUCAACAAGAGCAGCGUGGCCGAAGGGAUCGAGGCGGUUAUCAGCGGAGAGAUGGACGCGUUCAUUUACGACGGAACGGUCCUCGACUAUCUGGUGGCGCAGGACGAGGAUUGCCGAUUGCUAACCGUUGGAUCUUGGUACGCCAUGACCGGAUACGGCCUCGCCUUCUCCAGGAAUUCCAAGUACCUGCAGAUGUUCAACAAACGUCUCCUCGACUACAGGGAUAACGGGGACUUGGAACGGCUGAGGAGGUAUUGGAUGACGGGGACGUGCAAACCGGGCAAAGAGGUGCAAAAGAGCAGCGAUCCCCUGGCGCUCGAACAAUUCUUGUCCGCCUUCCUUUUAUUAAUGAUGGGAAUCCUUCUUGCCGCCGCCUUCCUGCUAUUGGAACAUUUGUACUUCAAAUACGUAAGGCAGCAUUUGGCGCGAAGCGACGGCGGCGGUUGUUGCGCGCUUUUCAGCCUGAGUAUGGGAAAGUCGUUGACGUUCCGUGGCGCGGUGUACGAGGCGCAGGAUAUCCUGAGGUACCACAGAUGCAGGGAUCCGAUAUGCGACACGCAUUUGUGGAAGGUGAAGCACGAAUUGGACAUGGCCAGGAUCAGGAUACGACAGUUGGAGAAGGAUCUUGAGGCUCACGGGAUAAAACCUCCCCAAGCCAAGAGGAAAACCGGAAGUCUCGGCUGGUGGCGAGGAUGCUUUCAAAGCCAUUCGGACCGCCAUUCGCAACCGGAAUCAUUGGCGGUGGAGGCUCCGCAUCCGCUACCGCCAUACUUCGAUUCAUUCAUCGACGCCAUCGACGUAGCCAGACCAAGGGACAUGACCAGGAACCACGUGGUCAGCACGGAAUACGCCAGCAAGUUUUUACCACCCGAGAUCUAUAGGACCCCCGAGGACGGAACGGCCAGGACGGAGAUCGCCGAAAUGGAGACAGUUCUGUGAUCGUAGAGAGCCGGCCACGAUUGCCCAGCCGCGUCAGCGCGAUCAUAAGCGUCCCCUGCGGAGCGGGAAAAGUCUCGUCUCCGCUUCCAUUUCUCGACAACGAGUUUUCGCCUCGUGUUGCCUCGUCGUCGUCGAGGCCUCUCCAUCCCUCGAACGCCCGGAGAAACCCUCGAGAAACUUGGAUCGAAGGAGAGAAAGAGAGGGUGAGGAAAAGAGAAACAAGAAAAUGGUUCGAGUUGCACGAGAAGGAACGUUCAGUGCCUAUGAAGAAUCGAGAAACAUCGAGAUCUACGAUCAUUCUUCUCAAAAUAAAAGAUAAAAGAAAGAGAGAGAGAAGAAGAGAAGAGAAAAGGAGCGAAAAUUUUCCACGACCACGUUUUUUCUUCCAAAAAAAAAAAGAAACGUUUUUCUUCCUCCUUUGUCGCAGAGCAAGUUGUGCAAGUUGUGUUGAGGACGCUCGAUUUGGGCGAAAAUUGUUCUCUCAUGUUGUCUCGUGUGCUGAGACAAUAUUUCUUUCUUUGAUUUUUUUCGAGAUAAUUCGACGAUGAUUUUCAAGGGAAAGAACGAUCCUUUAGAGGAUCGAAAUAUGCGUCUUCGCUGGGAGAAAAGUGUUAAAAGAUUGGUAUUCAAUCAUGGAUUGUAUUAAACGUGGAAGAAGGAAAAGUUGAGCGUGUUUGCGAGAUCUUGUUGUUUAGCUAUUUAAAGUUAUUUAAAGAUGUUACGUCAAGCUUGUUUACAUCAUACUUUCUUGUGUCGAUACUUGGUUUGCUGAAAAUUUUGAAAUUCCCUUAAAUCUGUGAAAAUAUUUCCCUCGUUGUUCAAACUUUUCUGCGAGAUUUCUUAUACGAUGUAUAUAUUUUCAAUCGUUCCAACUGUUUCGAUUUUUCCGACAAAAUCGAAUAAAGCGCGACUUCAAAUCGAGAUUUCAUUUUUUUUUUUUUUAAAUUCGUAACGAGGA